CGAUUCUGACAUCAACACUCAAGUGUAUGUUGAUUAUGACGUAACAGGAAGCAGCAUUGUUGAUAUUCCAGUAUGUCUCCAACAGCGCUCGUUAUAAUCGCUGAUGGCUCGGAAGAAAUCGAGGCGGUUGUCGUGAUCGACGUUUUGAGGAGAGCUGGGGUUUACGUCACCGUCGCUGGUUUAACCGAUGACGUCACGGUGACGUGUAGCAGGAACGUCAAGAUACAACCUGACGUAAACAUCGCCACGGCAGCGAAGAACGUUCCUUAUGACGUCAUAAUACUACCCGGUGGUUUGAAAGGAGCCAAUGCAAUGUCAAAGGCAACAUCGGUUAAAGAUUUAUUAACAGACCAAGAUAAAUCGUGUCGUUUAAUCGGAGCAAUAUGUGCGGCACCCAUGGUCCUUAAAUCCCAUGACAUCGGUGCUGGGAGGAACGUCACAUCUUACCCAGCAUUCAAAGAUGAACUGAGCGAAAUGUUUGUGUAUAACGACUAUGAUGUGGUCGUAGAUGGCCAUGUUGUUACUAGCAGGGGGCCGGGUACCGCGAUGAAGUUCGCACUCAAAGUUGUUCGAUUGUUAUGUGGUGAUGAUGUCACAAAUACUACUGCGUCUGCUUUGUUGUUUAAACUGUGAUGUCAUAAUAACUGUGAUGUCAUAAUAAAUAAUGAGUUAUGCUUCACUUUUCUUGUAUUCACAGCAAUAACAUUCGGGGCGCUAAAACAUAAGAUGUCACCCUUGUUU